CAAGCCCUCCUGUCUGGUGAACAGUGAACUGACUGGAAAGGAGGAAAGUACCUUUUUUUAUUGUUCCUUUCAGUGCAGGGGGCUGUGAAAGAAAAAAUCACGCUGGUGACAGUAUUUACAUUGGAUACGGUGAUCGGCGCUUUUUUUUUCCUUUUUGUUUCUUCCUGAAUUAGACCCGUCGUGGCUGAGCCUACCUUCUGCCUUCCCUCUCGGAUCGUCAGGGUUCCUGCUGCACACAUCUGGCUUUUGUUCUCUUUUUGGGCAAGAUUUUCAUUCUGGUGCUUUUUGGAUAUCAAAGUUGUCUGGAAAACAUUUUAUUUUAUGAUUGUUACUAUAACAGGAAGGCUGAUACCGUUCUUAGCAGUUGCAAAAAAAAUAAUCCUAUAUGUAUAAAGCUCUCUUCAAAUAUCUUUUGUUUGCUAUAAGUUCCUGCAUUGCCUGUAUAAGCAAAUCUGUUCCGAGAAGACUUUAUCAGCUGGUCGCAGCUCUGGGAUUUUCUUUUUCCUGUUGGGAGGCUCGAACAGGCUGGUGUGUGGAGCCACCGGGACUCCAGUGCUGAGACACUGUGAGAGGUCUGGAGCACGCCUGGCCGUGGUCAGCCCCGGGUUCAUGGUGGGCUCUGCUCCUCCGCUCCCAGCUUUUUGGAAAAAAUGUACGAACGCCACAAGAGGCGAUACAGCCUGUGCGACAUUUCCAAGGUGGACAGGACUGUAGAUGUUGUGUUGUUAAAGAUAAACCGUGAAAGCUGGUGUUCACUGGAGCCAUGUCCCAAUUCUUCCCUGCUGGAGCGCAAGCGGACGCGGGAGUCCUCAGAAUGUGAGAACUUCUUGGAGGAUGGGCUGAGUAGCGUCUGUGCUUCAUCACAGGGUGUUCUUAAGAGAGAGUCCGGGAGCGAGUCUGACCUCUUCCCCUUGCCUGGUGAUGGGAUGGAAGACCUUGUCUUUGGAAAGCAACCUGAAGAGGAGCAGUCUGCGUGUGAUGUCACCAGCUCCAGUUCCUCUGCUGAUGACACCAUGUCCCUGGAGAGGAACUCAUCCCUGGGCAGCGACACAUCCCUUCCGUUCCCACCGGUGGUGAACUUCAUCCAGCCCAAGGACAGGCACAGCCUGGACGGUAGCUGCACCAACAUGGUGGCCACAGAGGGAGGAGAGAAGGAAGAGGAGCUGGACAGUAUCACAGAUGUGCCCACCCAUUCCUCUGUCUUACGAAACUCCAUGCGGCCACUGUCACCUUUCCGUCGACACAGUUGGGGGCCAGGGAAGAAUGCCACCAACGAAGCAGAAAUAAAUCAGAGGAGUUACAGCCUAGAAGGCCUUGCUGGAGACUCUGGUGAGAACAAGAAGCCCUCUACAAACUUGGAGGCUUCUUCUCUGAGCUCCAAAGAUCUCGGACAGAGUCCGCUUGCCAGCAAUCAGUGUGGGUCCCUGGUCUUGCUCACUGAAGAACUCGAGCAAAGAGAAAUCAGAGACUACAGUCACCAGAUGCAUCAAACAUCACAGCCGCAAGGAUUUAAUUUCUGUUCUUCCACUGUUUCAUCUUCACUGACCAAAUCUGUGUCGCUAAUGUCAAUUAGUAAACCAGUGCUGGACAACUUCUCAGCCCAGGGCCGGACUCGACCAUCGAGACGAAUCUCCUUCUCCUUCAGCAUCUCUCCACUCAUUCCUAAGUCUAAAACUCUCUUUUCUAUUGGCUCUUCUUCCAGUGAUGAUGAGGAGAAGUUGGAUAGUACGCAGACGUUCAGCAGCCCCCCGGGUUCCUCCGUUCAGAGCAUAUCUGAAGAGAGCAGCAGUGUCCCUACUGGUAAAGGCGUAACAAAAGUCAGUCGCACUUUCAGCUACCUCAGGAAUAAAAUGUCCAGCAGCAAGAAAAGCAAAGAAAAAGAGAAAGAUAAAGAGAAGACUAAAGAGAAGGACAAAGAAUCCAAGGAGAAGGAAAAAGAUAAGAAGCUGUUAAACGGACAUCUCUUCACUGCAACCUCUGUUGUAGCCCAAGCAACCUGUUACCACUGUAUGAAACCUUUCAAUAAGGAUUCGUACUACUGUGCAAACUGCAAUGCAAUUGUUCACAAAGGCUGCAAGGAGAGUUUUUCUUCUUGUGCAAAGGUCAAAAUGAAGCCACAGAGAGGGAUGCUGCAAGCACAUGAUACCUCUUCAUUACCCACAGUAACUAUGAGAAACAAAAGCUCACAACCGAAGGAGCGCCCUCGGUCUGCAAUACUUGCUCCUGAUGAAAACACCGUAACCUCAAUAUUCAAUAACAGGAGAUCGCAACAGACUACAGCACUUUCGAAAAGUGUCUCAAUACAGAACAUUGCAGGAGUUGGGAACGAUGACAGCUUAAUACACACUUGGAAAUUCCUGUCGCAGUCAACAGACUCCUUACAUAAAAUCAGCCGGGUGAAUGAAUCCAUGGAGUCACUGGAUGACGAAGGUGCUGACAUGAACGAAGGACAGCUGAUGGGAGACCUGGAAUUAGAUUCCAAGCAGCUGGAGGCAGAGUCCUGGAGCCAAGUCGUGGACAGCAAGUUCCUACAGCAGCAAAACAAAGAUGUUGUCAAACGACAAGAUGUCAUUUAUGAGCUAAUGCAGACGGAAAUGCAUCAUGUCCGCACCUUGAAGAUCAUGAAUGAUGUAUACAGCGCAGGGAUGUUAAAGGAACUGCAAUAUGAUCAGCAAGUUGUGGACAAGAUAUUUCCCUGCCUGGAAAACUUGCUGCACAUCCAUAGUCACUUCUUCCAGCGGAUUCUGGAAAGGAAGAAGGAGUCAUUGGCAGACAAAAGUGAAAAGAACUUUGUUAUCAAGAGGAUAGGUGACAUCCUAGUGAAUCAAUUCUCUGGUGAGAGUGCCGAGCGAAUGAAGAAAACGUACGGCAAAUUCUGCGGGCAUCACAAUGAGGCAGUAAAUAACUUCAAAGAUCUGUACUCAAAGGACAAGCGGUUUCAGGCAUUUGUCAAGAAAAAAAUGAGCAGCUCCCUGGUGAGGCGUCUUGGGAUUUCUGAAUGUAUCUUGUUGGUAACACAGCGAAUCACAAAGUACCCCGUCCUUUUACAAAGGAUACUGCAGUACACCAAAGAAAAUGAAGUGGAACAUGAAGACUUGACUCAGUCAUUAAACCUCGUUAAAGAUGUGAUUGCUGCAGUCAACAGCAAAGUCAGCAAUUAUGAAAAGAAAAUGCGUCUUGGUGAGAUUUACAACCGGACGGAUAGCAAGUCCAUCAUGAGAAUGAAGAGUGGCCAGAUGUUUGCAAGAGAGGACUUGAGGCAUCGGAAGCUCAUCCGAGAUGGGCCCGUUUCACUAAAAAAUGCAGCUGGCCGGUUAAAAGAAGUCCAGGCUGUUCUCCUCUCCGACAUGCUUGUAUUCCUUCAGGAGAAGGACCAGAAGUAUGUCUUUGCCUCACUGGACCAGAAAUCCACUGUGAUCUCUUUGAAGAAGUUGAUUGUACGAGAAGUGGCUCAUGAAGAGAAGGGUUUGUUCCUGAUCAGUAUGGGUGUCAAAGAUCCUGAAAUGGUGGAAGUCCACGCCAGCUCCAAAGAAGAGCGUAACGGCUGGAUACAGAUCAUUCAAGACACAAUGAACACCAUGGAUAAAGAUGAAGAUGAAGGAGUUCCUUGUGAGUCUGAGUUUGAAAAGAAAGUGUCGGAUGCGAAAGUGAGAGGACUGAAAGAACAACUUCAGCAGAAGGAUAAGCAGAUCCUCCUCUUGCUGGAGGAGAAGGCUAAGAUCUUCCGGGACAUGGCAGACAGUUCUGUGCAGGAGGACAUGCCAGGCUCCAGGCUACUCUUCAGAGCCAACACAGAAGAGGCACCAAAAGGAGAGGCCAUUAUGAAAACUGCAAUAAAUGAAGUUGAACUACUGCAAGACCUAGUGAACAGGAGCCUGGGCACUGCCCUUGGACAGCAGGUCAGUAGCACUGCCAUGGAACAAGAAGGAGGAGUUGGCCCUAUCUCUCUCCCUAGAAGGGCAGAAACUUUUGGAGGAUUUGACAGUCAUCAGAUGAACGCUUCCAAGGGUGGAGCAAAAGAUGAAGGCGAGGAUGCUCAGGACCUUCGGAGAACAGAGUCAGACAGCAUUUUAAAGAAGGGUGGAAAUGCUAAUCUGAUGUUCAUGUUGAAAAGGAAUAACGAGCAGGUCCUCCAAACCAUUACCAGCCUCCAUAAGCUGCUCAGUGCUUUGCAGGGUGUUGUGCUGCAGCAGGACACUUACAUCGAGGACCAGAAGCUGGCUUUGAGUGAGAGGGCUCUGACCCGAAGCUUCUUCCGGCCAGCCUCACUGCUGGAGCAGGAGAAGCAGCGCAACCUGGAGAAGCAGCGCCAGGAGCUGGCCAACCUGAAGAAGCAGCAGAUACAGCACCAGGAGGAGAAACGGAGGAGAGAGAAGGAGUGGGAAGUCCGGGAAAAGGAGCUGGCAGAGCAGGAGGCCCACCUGGCCCAGCGAGAGGAGCAGGUCCAGAGAGGGUGGCAGGAUCUGGAGCGGGAGCGAGAAGAGCUGCAGGUGAAGAAGGCCUCCUACCAGCUUGACCUGGAGAGGCUUCGCACAGCGCAGAAGCAGCUGGAGAGGGAGAAGGUGCAGUUCAAGCAAGAUGUGGAGCGAUUUGCUCAAAUGCGGCAGGAGUCUGACCGCAACCAGGUUUCAAAUCUACACGAGAAACUCGCAAGAGUCCCUUCCCAGUGCAGCAUCGAUGACUCGUCCAAGCAAAAGAGCCCUUCCCUUCCUAAACAAGGGCACUUUGAUGCAGAACUGUCUGUCUCCCCCAAAAGGAACAGUCUUUCAAGGACACACAAAGAGAAAAGCACUUUCCAUUUGCUUAGCACAACAAACCAGACUAACAAGGCAGCUGAGGAACAUUCCCAGAUGCCUACCCGCCUCUUCAGUUUAGCCAAACCAAAGGAGAAGAAGGAAAAGAAGAAAAAGGGCAGGGGACAUCGCUCCCAACAAUCUGAUUCUCACUCGUCAGAAGCACCUCCAGAGGGCGAGGAGAUCUUCUGCUGAGCACGGACAGUUCCAUCAGUCACUCUCGGCAUUGGUACAGUGGACGUCUCCCUGCCUGCUCUACAGCACGCUGCUGGUGCCUGCAUCUGACAAGCAUCUGGAGGUUUUAAGUAAAACAUGUUAUGAAGUCUGUUAAGUGGUGGGAAAAGGCCUCUCUCCUGUGGUUUUGCUGAAAUCUCACCACGGAGGCUUGACGGCACGGCAAAUAGUACCACCGCUCUGUGCAAACCUUGGGUUAAAUGGAUUGGGAUAGAUGUUUUCUGUCUCUUCUUACUGCUAAAGGAUGAGAGAACAUAGCCUUAAGGGGUCUGUGCCUUCAAAUUCCCCUUUUCUGGGGAACAUAACCAAAACCAAGCAUUUAGCAAAAGAUUAGGACUCUACAAAUGGUGCGAACACACUGGCAUAUAUAGAUAUACUGUAUAUAUACAUAUAUGUAUCUAUGUAUCCACUGGGAUAUGCUUACAGUCUGUACAGCCAAGCUUAGCUCGGCCCAUGGGGAUAGAUGAUACCUGAUGACUUUCAGGGAGCACGUAGAUAUUAAAUAUCUUGCCCUUACUGCUCCGAUUGUAAUGCCAUUGACUUGCACACCCCUUUUGUGCUCAUGGUAUAUAGACUGGUUUCGGAAAGGUACCUUACACCAGGAAGCAGUAAUAGCAUUCAAAACAAAAGUUCAGAGGAAAAAACCAAAAUCUAAAGUAAUUCUGAAAGAUUUCCAUGGGACAGAGGAUUUAACUGUCAGACUGUUUCCAGAAACAAGCAGAAUGUCUUUAAGUAUAUUUUAAACAAUGCAGAAAAGAGAAAUAUGGUAGCUUGUAAGGCAGUCCCAGGAAGCCAGAACAGACAGUGUUGAAGUGGGAGCAACUCUCAAGCAACUUUUUUUACCCAGUCUCUUUUGAGCUCCAGCUCACUCCUGCCCAUCCCCUUAGUAAAGUGGUUUGGUUUUGGUUUGUUUUUUUGGUUUGUUUGGGGGUUUUUGCCAGAAUAUAGUUCUCCAGUUGCAUUUGACAUCCCUUCAUUACAAGCCUGAUGAGUUACUGGAGAGAUGGCUGAAAAUCUGCUUUUAGGGACCUUUGUUCUGUUGUUUCUAUUUUUCUUCCCCUGCGUUUUGUGUUACUGUUGGGCUUCUUUUUCUCUGGGUUUCGUCAGCUUCCCUUGCUCAUUUAUAAGGUAAAAUGAGACAACAGCAAUUUCAGAGCACUUCAGUGAGGCAUCACAGGUCAGGGGACUGAGUGCUGUGAGCAGAGUGAACUCCAAAGAGGUGGCCCCUAGUCCCUAUGCCUGUAAAAUACCGUGCGCUUAUUAACAAUUUCUGGGGAGAAGAUAUAUUCUCAUGGACAAAACCACUGUGGGACAGGUCCAAAGGUCCAGCGUGGCAGGUCCAUUUCCAGCACCAUGGGCUCUAGGGUGAAAGUGUCCAUGCAUCCCGUGUCACCGUCAGCAGAAGGGGAAUGUCUGAGGGUGGCUCUCCCUGUGCUGACUGCCAGGUGUUUGUGCAGCUGUUAAAUACAGGGAUGUGUUCAAUGGGGGAAGAGAAAUGCAGCGAGCCAAACUUUUUUCCAAAAUUAUUGUUCUUCCAGACCCUCUCAGGGGAAUUACCCGAGUGGAUUUGUAAAUGGUUACGAGACGCUAUCAGCUUCGAAAUAGCUCAAGGGUUUGCUCAGAGUUUGAAGCUGUCAAGUGCAUUUCCUUUCCUACCAGUUUUUCUUUAAAAAAAAAAAAAUAUAUAUAUAUAUAUAUUUCUCUUCUUGCACUAUUGUUUGGUUUCAAUUUGCUCUCUGGCUUCUCACAAGCUAGUAACCUGCAGCAGUUUUCAGAGUUCAGUGCUGAUGAGUAUCAGCAGCAUUGAUGGUGAGGUGGAUGCGUAGACUGGUCUGUCUUGGUCAGUGCAGGAAUCCUAAACCGCCUGCUUGCUUUUGAAGCUCUCUAAAUGUUGAAGACUCGGGAAAAGGAAAAGAAAAAAAAAAAAAAAAAAAAAGGAAGAAAGGAAAAAGGUUUGAGAUUUAUUUUUAUUUUGAUUUUUUUAAAUAUUAUUUGGUGCUUGUUCUUAAUUGCAAGCAGGGCUUGCAAAAAUAUUUAUCUUUCUGUUUAUUUGAAAGAGUUCUUUUUUAAAAGAAGUUUACUUGGUUUUAUUUUUUUAUUUCUUUUUAGUUUUGCUUUUGUUUAGGGGUUUGAGAGGUGGUUUGGUUUUUUUAUCCCCUCACCCCCACCCCCCCCUUUUUUUGGUUUUUUUGUUUUCUUAUCAAGAAAUUGGUAAACCAAAUGUUAUCUCCCUGGUUCCUGCAAAACCAGGGUUUGGGCAGUGCUGCUUUGCAGCCCAUGCCAUGGCCAGAGUUACACAAUUUCAGCUGAGAGCUUUCUUUAAGGCAGAACAUCUUUGGGCCAAAAAAAAUUCUGGAGAAAGAAGCAGUGACUUCAGACAAGACGACUCCUAUCAGUUAGUUUCUUUGUUUAAAUAUUUUGUUUAGGUUUUGUCGUACCUCUUGGAGGCAAAAGAAAAAGCAAAGCAUGGAGCAUCUUGCAGUGAUGUGAGGGUUCAGUCGCUUCUCUAGGGAGAUACAGGCAGCUCUUCUCCUGAACCUGAAGGGAGCUGAAGGAGGCAUGUGCUGGUGUGGUGGUGUUACCUUUUUCAUGACAAACCCCCCAGCUUCAGAAAAUACCUUCUGCUCUGCUACUUACACAUCUGCAAAAAUGAAUGUGCCAAGCUGAAUUUUUUGGAAACCAAAGCAGUGCAUGGCUCAUGUACUGUUGUGUAAACAGAGAUGAGAUCCCCGGUACUUCUGAAAGUUCCCCUCAGUCUGUAAUAGCCUGUGCCAGUAUGAGCUUUUCUUUUUAUCCUGCUGUGUUUUCCCCAGUCCCAGCGCAUCUUGAAUUCACGACACAGGAAUGUCCCAUGGCUCUGAGAAGGGUAUCAAAAGGCAUGACCCAGGGCAGCAGGGCUGAGUCUCUGCCUGGCUUGACCAUCUCUUCUGAUCUGUGCAAAUCAAAAAAAAAGAGUGUUCAGUGCCCUAAGUGAAAAUAGUACAUGCUAAGUGAUCUCCUAAUGUCCUCAUGGUUCCUUGUCACAGAAACCAUGGGUGUGAGUCAGAAACAUACUGACCAGGGAUACUGUGUAUCAAAGCUGCUUGUGUUUUAAUUUCUGGUGGACAGACCUUUGUCCCUGGAGGUUGUAUGUUACUGUAUGAUUCACUUUUUUGGAAUGAAGCCUUUCCUCCCACACUGCUUCCUCCUUGUUUCACCUUUAGGAAGGCAAGGGCUUGUUUUUAUGUCUUCAGCCUUUUAUUUUUCUCCUCUCAGGUUUUCUUUGGAAAGACUUGGCAGAGGUUCCCAGAGCCAGAUUCCCACUCUGAUCCCUGCAGGUUGCCUAAGGUUGUCUGCUAGCGUAUGGUCCCAGCUUUGCAUCACCAAAGCCUUUUCUCUUCCUGGCCUUGAAAUUGUGUUUGCUCCAGUUCCAUGCCUGGCAUCCAUCCUGCAGUUGUUGAAAGCAUGUUAUUUCUUCAGCCCAGCCUGAUGCUGUAGCUGGUUCCCAUAGCCAGCCACUUGAUCCCGUUUGGAGCACCCAAACCACCCUGUUUGGCGUAGGGUUCCUGGGACACAGGGCAUACUACGAAAUGUCUGUGCAAAGCCCGUAUUGUUGGAGGGAGAAGAGGACCCUGCUAGGGCUCUUGGAGCCUUCCUGUGCUAGUGUUUCAUAGAGGGGAAAAAUCAGACUUUCUUUCCUUGCACUUUUCUUUGCCUGGUCUUUUAUCACUGCCCAACAGAAGGGGCUUCAACAACCAGGGAAGUGGGAGCGUGGGCUCAGAUGAAGUACAGCAGUGGUCAGUGUUAGCUGGGGGUGCCAGAAUACCCUGGUGACAGAGAGUAGCUGUAGCAAAUGGUGUGAGACUUGAUGGAGUCAUGUGAGGUUGGCCUUAGCUUCUUUUAAAUGAAGUGAUCAUCUCAACAUGUAACUUGAUGUCAAUUCGAUGCCAUAAAGCACUUUAAAUGGAACUGGUCUUGUCCCUUAUUAUUUUGCUUAUGUGGAGACAAUCAGCUUUGCCAUUGCUCCCCUCUCUGCAUCCCCAGCAAAAUCUGAGCUGUGAGUAGACAUUGCUGGUUGGGUUUGGCUUUACCCUGGGAGGAGAGGAAGGGCCAAGCUUUUUGUAUUAUUUUUAGACCAAAGUGGGUGUGAAUCUGACUACAGUCCCACUGCAGACGGGGUGAGUGGCAGGACCAGAGAAUUGGCUUAUGAUGGCUCAGGUAUAUCCCCUGGGAGAGCCCAUGCUGGCAUCACCAUCACCUUCCUCACACCUCACAGCAGGUACUGCUGCCAGUUGGGAAGCAGUCCUGCCAGCGGUUUGCCCACUAUCUCCUUUUCCUUGGAGAAACCCAGAGCGAAGGAGGUGUGGGAGGAUGCAGCCGAAUGAGUGAAGUGAGGCCCUUCCCGUGCACUAAGUUAUAUACGGUCCAGGCCAUUGGGAGACCUUCUAGAUGCCAUCCCUGGGGCAGGAGCUCUCACCACCGCUGAGGGUGGACUUUUCUCUUUGCUCUUGAAGUUUGACCGCUGCUGAGAAGCACAGUAAUGCCAUUAGCUUGUGUGGGUUUGUACUGCCUUUCAAAGGCAAGAGCAUCUGUAGAGUCCAAUCGUCUUUGCACCUUCCUUGAGGCACUAGGGUAUCACGAAGCUGUUGCUGAAACACCCAGAUCCAGUCCUUCCGAAUGCCGCCGAGUCAGAAGAGGUUCAUCAGGUGCCAAAUCCCAAGGAGUCUAGGGUAUCUGUGGCAUGGGGCAAGGGAGGACUGGGUGGGGGGCACAAAAGAAUAUCUGCUAAAAUCCCACAAAACAUUCCUUGUUAACCAGAACUCUGGAAAUUUUUCUGCCUGCUGGCCAGGUUUGGGAAUUUACAUAAUUUAAGGCACUCUUUUAAAUAAAAAAGUCUCCCCUGCUGCUCAUAACUCUUGCUUCGUUUGUCAGAAGGGGCAGCAGUCGAUGAUUCUUGAUCCGGUGAUGCAGCUAAGUUUUAAAGAUAGGUGAGCUGAACUGGCUUAAUCUCAUGCACCUCAUGCUCUUCAGUGAUGGGAAGCACAAUGCUAGCUCCUUUCCCACCUGCAUUUUCAGGACCCUUUCUUUCCACACGCAUUUCACUGACACUGAUGCUUUGCCCAAAUAUAUUCAGCUUCCAUUGCUUGGGGGGAGGGGGGAACAGGAUAACAUUCACUGCUUUGCAUACAGCUGUAAGCUUCGUAUGUAUUUAAGCUGUCUAUAGGUAUCCAUCCUUUCCAUGCUCUGAAAUAUUUUACUAUUUUCUUUAUUGAUAUUAAACACUGACUCAAAAAGAAAAAAAAAUAAAAAUCUAUGUCCAGUUCAGUUCGCCUAUGGUUAAACUUUAGCUUGGUGUUUAUUUUGUACUAAUACAGAAUGCACUUGAGUAAUUCCCAGAGCAUUGAGGAGGUGUAUUAUAAUAACCUGAUAUACCUCUGCUUUUGGUUUGUUUCUUGAAAAAAAAAAAAAAAAAAUGCUUUGCAUUUUCAUGUUGAACCCGUUAAAAGUUUAAAAAAAAAGUUGAAAAAAAUAAUUUUUAAAAAAAGAGGGUAAAACCUAAUUGCUGUAUGUUAAUUUGUAAUUAUGUAAAAAGUGAGCAGGUUAUUGACUGUAAAAUUCUUCAGUUUUUCUGUGACUUGCCAGAAGCCAUUAGGUUUUGUAACAAGCUUUUAUUUAUCUUCCUUUUUAGUUAUCAGCAUCAACCUCUUGUAAAGUCAUUUUUCCUCUAAAUAAAUCUGAUUUUAAGUCUGA